ACUGUGAGAACUAUGGUCUCUAAACAUUUUUAUGAGAGGCAAUACAAUAAUUGCGUUGCAAGUAUGGCGGCAACAGAACAAGAUGCACCUGAUCUCAGCCAGAAAGUUGCCCAGCAUUACAACCAGCUGGAGGAAAAAGGAGUAGAUAAAAGAAAAGACAGCAGAAUAUUUUACCUCAGAAACUUCAACAACUGGAUAAAGAGUGUUCUUAUAGGGGAAUACCUCAAGAAGGCGAGACUUUCCAAGCCACGGGAGUCUGAAUUGACCAUUUUGGAUCUAGCAUGUGGUAAAGGUGGUGAUUUACUCAAAUGGAGAAAAGGUCGAAUCGAUCAGCUAAUAUGUGCUGAUAUUGCUGCGACGUCCGUGGAACAGUGUGAGAAACGGUACACUGACAUGCUUGAAAGGAACAGUAGAGAUAGACGUCCGCAACAGAUUUUUCACGCAGAAUUCCACACUGCAGACUGUGGCAGGGUCAGAUUGAAAGACGUGUACAGGAACCCGGCGACGACCUUUGACCUCGUCAGCUGCCAGUUCUCGCUGCACUACACGUUCGAGAGCCAAUCGCAGGCGGAGGUGAUGGUUCGGAACGCGUGCGAGAGUCUGCGGCCGGGCGGAUUCUUCAUCGGCACAAUUCCCGACGGAUACGAGAUCGUGCGGAGGUUACGCGAGGCGGAUGAUUGUUCCUAUGGCAACAGUGUGUAUAAGAUCACAUUCAACGACAAGGAAGACUUUCCGCUGUUUAACUGCCAAUACAGCUUCUACCUCGAAGGAGUUGUGGAUUGUCCUGAAUUUCUCGUCUACUUUCCCCUCUUUGUCAAGAUGGUGGAGCAGUACAACAUGAGGCUGGUGUGCAGGAAGACGUUCGCAGACUUCUUCAACGAUCACCUACACUGUCCGGAGAGCCGCGGUAUGCUGGCACGGAUGCACACGCUAGAGGGAACACUAUCAAAAUCAGAAUGGGAAGCUACAAGUAUCUACUGCGCGUUUGCCUUUGAGAAGCUAGCAGAUGACGGCACGCAAUUGUCAGUGGAUGAUAAUCCCACCCCGCAAGCUAGCAAGCGAAAAGCACCCGAACAAUACUCAGCAGAAGACGAGCCUGCCAAAGCGAGGCCACGUUUGUGACGUGUGCGCCUGAGAUAUCUACAUAAGUUAGUGGCAUGGAUGAAGUUGGUCCGUGAUUCCUGUUACUGCCGGUUUCAGUUAGUGGCGGUGGGUAUGCUUGUAACAAUGGUGUUCGUGAAACUUUUGUAAAAUUGUAAGGUAAAUUUGUCUGUUCUGUUUUUAUGCGAACUAGUUGCACAAUAUAAUUUGGUGGCAAUGCCAUUGAUGUAAUUUCAUGUCAUAACAGACAGGAGUCAGACAGCAUGCCUCCCAGACAUUUCCUAUAAAUUUUCUAUAUUUUUUAUACGAUCCUACAACUCCUACAUUUUGACUCAUCUAUCUAGAGUGUGAUCGUGACCAGUAGAAAAUGUGUGUAAAUGUAAUAUACUGGGCUGAUGCAUGCUCCUGGACCCCCUAGCCUCAUAGUAGAUAAGGCCUCAUACAAAAUAUUGAAGGCAAGACUGGCUUAUAACAAGUUGUUAUUGCUUCAUUUAUACAAACUGAUGUAAUGUUCGCCGAUCAAAAGCAUUUUCUGUUGCCUGGAACAAGGGAGAUUGACAGACUUUUUAUCAUUUCUUUCCUUCCCCCGAAUUGAAACCCCUACACCAAACCCAAACAUUUUUGUCAUGUAGGGAGUCGAAGUGACCAUUGACAAAAGCAGAUUUGUUAGCCAGAUUUCGGUGAGAAACACUUGACCGGUUUUUCAUCAUUGAUCUCAAGUGAGUAGCACAUCAUAAUUACUGGAUAUUGUUGUUAUUAUUAUGUUCUGUAGUGUAAUUUAAAUUAUGAACUUAAUUAAAUGGUACAGAUUCAUUAAAAUGAAACCUUCCAGGUGAAAGGUUAGAUUGUGAAUAUGUGAACAGCUGGCUGCUUAAUUCCGAUUCCUAGAUUUCUCCCCCACAUUUUCUAUAAAAUUCAAAUUUUGUCCUAAAAAUGGCUGGGAGGUAUGCAUGUGAAUGUUUAGAAAUCCAUUUACUGGCACUGCCAUUAUCAAACUGUGAACAGACAAUGAAAUGACCACAAAUAUAUGGUCGAUUGCUCCACUGCACUGUUGUCACUGUACUGUCACAACAAAAUAAAAAUACUCCACGAUUUACCUCUAGUUAAAAA